CUUUACGCGCUAGGUAUCCCUCUGGGCUUUGAGCAGCGUCCCCUUCAGUAACGAAUGCACUUUUGGAUCGGAUUUGAAUUUCCUUUCAGACUUCAACCUCCCAAAACGCCACCACCCAACCCGGUUGAACCUCAAAAGCACAAUUGUUUGCGUAUCCAGUCAACCUACUACUGUCACCAUUGUACUUGAACCAUGAGUUCCUCCCCCUUCACCUCGCCCGCGCGCGAGGUUGUCCCUGCGACUAGCAGCCCGCCUGCCGGUCUCGAGGAAGACCCGAUUGCCAUCAGCUCCGACGACGACGACCUAAUGCUGCAGGCCUCCUCCCACGUGUCGCCCUACUUCACACAACCCACUCAGAUCCUCAGUAAACCGGCAAUCAAGCCGAUUACCCAGCCGACCCAGCCGACUCAAGCGACGCAUGUCACGCAAGCCACCCAGAUCGUCAGCGACCGCCCAAGGCUUGGCCUUAGUGCCACCGUCAAGAAGUCGCCGUCCACCUCGCCUCAGUCUAACGGCACCAGAGUCGAGGUCCCUGCAUCCUCGCCCUACCAGCGACCGGCUCUGCCGUCUGCCUUCUCGCGGUUGAUGGCCCCUGCUGGCACCUCUUUCAAGCCUCCCCCCAGGAUCAAUACCAAGCCCGUCCCCGAGUCCCCGGUGAAGAGACUAUCUCUCAAGCGUGACUACGCCUCGGACGAUGAGCUAAAAACAUCCCCCACUCAAUAUGCUGCCGACAGUUCUGGCGACGAGCGGCCCGCGCGAGGCGACAUUCAGCGGUCCUCCUUCCAGCGUCAGCAGCCAAAGUCCGAGUCGCCUGCCAGUGCCUCGCUCUACAAGCACCAGUCUUCCAAACAACAGCUGGCAAAGGUAUCCCGCGGGUUCAAGUCCUCCUCAACCACCUCGCCCUCUAGCUCCGUUGGCUCACAGCCCUCGGCACAGCCUUCUUCCAGGAGCUCCGAACCCUCUUCAACCCCUUCGCCACCCCCCAAGCGCAGACGACUGGUGCGCGGUCGAAACCCAAACAACCCCCCGAGUUCCUCGCAGAUCGCUCAAUCAACUCCUCAGCUGGUCAGCCUGAUCAGCGAUGACGACGACGAGGACGAUGACGUUGACGAUACCUCCAACGAUAAGGACGGUGGAGAUAACUUUGUCUUGGAUCAGCGGGACGAGUCUUCCGGGGAUGAGAGCGAGACAGACGGCAGAUCACCCGGGAAGAUUACUUCGUCCGCGGCGUUGGUGGGAUCCAAGCGCAAGGACAAAAUACUACAGUACCUCGGGGUCUGCUCUGUGGAGAGCCUCAUGGCGGACGCUAAGAUUCAGCGAGACGGUGCAAAGCACAUGAUCGACAGGCGACCAUUCUACACAGUAGAGGACAUAAAGGCCGUCACCAAGUUCAAGACGUCGCGCGGCAAGAAGGUCAAGUACGCCCUCGGUCAGGAGGUCUUUGACGAGCUUGUCCAGUACAUGAAGCGACUAGAUGCAAUCGACCGGGUGGUGGAAUACUGUGAUGGUCAGGGCUACAGGAUCAGGACCAAGAUUGGCUCGUGGAAGAUGGAUCAGAUGGGCAAAACGAAAGGCACAUCCGUGGCAAACGACGACAUCCUCCCGUUCCCUCGCGAGCCAAAGGCAAUGCGGGACCACUGUACCAUGCAGCCUUAUCAGCUGUUCGGCAUGAACUGGAUGUGGCAGUUGUACGGUCAGCGCUUUGGAGGCAUCCUCGCUGACGACAUGGGGCUGGGAAAGACCUGCCAGGUCGUAGCGUUCAUGGCCCUGCUCAAGGACCAGUUCGACGCCGGUUACUUUCAGGAGAGGCCCUGGCCCAACUUGGUCAUCGUCCCACCCUCUGUCUUGGAGAACUGGGAGAACGAGUUUGAAAAGUUCGCUCCCGACCUGUCUGUCAUCAGGUACUCCGGCAAACCUGGCGAGCGCGACGAGCUUGCGCUUGACAUCCGGGCAUCGCCUGAAGAAUAUCAUGUCAUCCUCACCUCAUACUCGCAGAUGAGCCGUUUUCGGGAUGUGAGCGCCAUGAACAAGAUCGGCAUCAAUGCAGCAAUCUUCGACGAAGGUCACAAGCUGAAAAACCCCAACGCCCAGAUCUACAAGGACCUCAUCAAAAUCGACGCAGCCUGGAAGCUCAUCAUGACCGGUACACCUAUUCAGAACAACAUCAUGGAGAUGGUUUCGCUCCUGAAUUUCCUCUCCCCAAAUGUUUUCCUUCGGUACAGCGAGCAUCUUCAGGAGCUCUUCGUGCAGAAAGCAUCGCUUCAACAGGUGUCUGAGGGUGCGGUACUCCUGAGCGACCGGGUCAAGCGCGCACGGAGUAUACUGGAGCCGUUCAUCCUGCAGCGGACUAAGGAGCAGGUCUUGACCACCAUGCCUGCAAAGACCCGCAAGGCGGUCUACUGCGACAUGGACGACAGCCAGAAGGCGCUUUAUGACGACUUCGUACAGAAGUUUCGCAACGCUAAGCUUCACAAAGCCGCCAGUGGGGGCCGCAAGAAUGACAUGAACAAUCCAUGGAUCCAGCUUCGCAAAGCCGCCAUCCACCCGCAGCUCUUCCGCCGCUUCUUUACCGACGAGAAGUGCGAAAAGAUGGCGAAGGUCUUGAUGAGGUCUGUGGACCAAGACAUUUUGAGGCAGCCGGAUCUGACACAUCUGACGAACGAGCUGAAAAAUGAGUCUGACUUCCAGCUCCACCUCUGGUGCCGUGACUACCCUUGCAUCCGCAGCUUGGACUGCCCCGAGGACACGUGGUUGAAGAGCGGCAAGGUCCAGAAGCUCUUGGAGCUCAUCGGCGUAUACCAGAAGCACGGCGACCGGGUCCUCGUGUUCUCACGUUUCGCGAUGGUCCUUUCCAUCCUCGAAGAGUGUCUCGCACAGGCUGGCAUCAGACACCUCGUUCUGCAGGGAGAGACCAAGGUUGCUGAGCGCCAGCAGCUCAUCGACCAGUUCAACGAGGACACCACAAUUACAGUCUUCCUCUUGACGACCAAGGCGGGCGGCACGGGAAUCAACCUGACUGCCGCCAACAAGGUCAUUCUGUUCGACCAGUCGGACAACCCACAGGAUGACAUCCAGGCGGAGAACCGUGCCCACCGCCUGGGCCAGCAGCGCGAGGUAGAGAUCAGCCGUCUCCUGUCCAAGGGCACCAUCGAUGAGCUGAUCUACAAGGCGUGCCAGCGCAAGCUGGAGCUGGCCGGCCAGAUCACUGGCCAUCACGAGGAGAUCUCUGGCGCAGAUGUAGAGGCCGAGGUCUCCAAGAUACUUCUCAACGAGUAAAGAGUUGUGAAAAAGCAAGUCCAAGAAGGAAAAGAAAAAGGAAAAAGACAGAAGAGCAUUCAUAAAACGUACGCGCAAGGCAGCAUGCAGUUGGCGUUGUAGACAGGCGUCGGGUUUCUGAUUGCGAUACCCUCCCCCUUGCAUCUGUUAUAGACGCGUGUAGACUCAUUACAAUGGUCAAUAAUACGAUAAUCUCA